AUGGUCUUCUCAAUAUGGCGAAAGCAGCCGAAGACGGUCCUUACUGACAAGAUAAUCCCACUACGGGUGUGGGACGAUUCGCCCUCCCUUCGUUAUAUGGCCUUCGACUUCACCAUGCAGUUCAAUGACGUGCUGGAUCCAUCCAAACUCGAGGCUGGGCUAGACCAGUUGAUAGACACCGGAGAGUGGAGGCAGCUCGGGGCUCGGCUUCGUGCCAAUCGCAGUGGCCAUCUCGAGUACCAUCUCCCCGUGCGCUAUGACGCAUCUCGGCCGGCAUUUCGCUUUACGACAGCUAAACACUGCAUGAGUAUUCAGAAUCAUAUAUUGGGCUCCCGCUUGCCACGGCCAGGAGAUGAUACAUACUUAUAUCCUUCUCCUGAAGAGUUUAAGCCGUUGCUACGUCACCCGAAGUCUCCUCGCUGGAUAUCAGACUGGAUAUACUCUGACGCUCCGCAGUUACAUAUCCACGUUGUAGUAUUCCAGGAUGUCACUCUGGUCACCAUCACCCAUUUGCACGUGUUAUUCGAUGCCAUGUCGCGAGCUGCAUUCAUCAAAGCCUGGGCGGCUGCUGUAGGUGACAGAGUUCAAGACAUUCCUCGCUGUAUCCCGAUGGACCAAGACCCGUUCGCCGCAGUAGGGAAUGACAAGGCCAGUGCCAGGAACUACGUUUACCACGAGCAGCUUCUUUCCUGGCCCGCUCUGGUAAUCUUCUUCCUUCGGCUGCUUUUCGAACUACUGUGGCACUGGGGAGCCGAAGAGCACACUUUCCGAUUACCAGGACGAUGCGUGGAUCGAAUGCGCGACGCCACGCUAUCUAGUCUCACGCCAGUCAGCGACAAAUCCAUACCAGCCCACGCACCUUUCGUCAGCGAGAGCGAUAUAAUUCUUUCCUGGUGGGCGCGGACGAUGGUCAAGGCACUAAACGUCUCGCCGUCUCGCAAUAUAUUGAUCAUGAACGUAGUCAAUGUCAUAACCCUCUUCGCAGACCGGAUUCCGUCCGACGCCGUUUGUCUAGGGAAUGCAGGAUCUCUCGCUAAUACCAUGUUUACUGCUGCACAGGCUAUCGAUGAUGAGGGUUUGGCCUACAUCUCGUCCAAGCUCCGGCAGGACCUUGUCAAGCAUAGAAAACUAGAGCAAGUGGAUGCCUUGGUCUCUAUCCAGAAACACUCCGUCGCGAAGAUAGUCUCGUGGCUGGUUGGAGGCGGAAAUGUACUAUUCCUGCCAUGUUCGAACCACCACAAAGGCCGUUAUUUCGAAGUGGAUUUUUCUGCUGCGUUGGUUGAGCCGGUUACUGGCGAUGAAAGUUCCAAUAGAGGAAAACCAUCCUUCGUCAACGACGCCUAUUAUUGCUCGGUAUAUCCGACAAGGAACUUCCUCCGGGUCCUUGGGAAGGAUGCAAACGGGGACUGGUGGCUCGCAUCUAAUACUCGAGUCUCUGCUUGGCCUGUUAUUCAGAAGGAGUUGAUGGCGUUGGUGGACUAUCGAGAGGAGUGCUAA